UGAGGAAGGGGUUGCACAGAAGGAGGAAGGAGAGAUCCCCAAGAGGUUUUGGAGAGCUGGACUUACCUGGUUGCUGAGGAGAGUCAAGUGGAGGGAUGUGGAUAGAGGUCUGCAAGGAGCUCAGCUCUUUUAUACCUGUCCCAGGGUGCCCCAGGCACCACCCAGGGGGUGGGGGCCCAAACCCCAGGUAAUUAGCAAUUCAGGCUGACAACCUUCCUGACACAGAUGAUGUUAUAUGUCAUCCCCUCAUUGGGGACACUGAUGUGCAAACGUGCCCUGGACAAGAAGCAGGUGAUGGGAGGGACAGACUGUGGCACAUCAUUACAUGAAAGACAAGGUGCUGCAGUAACUCACAGCCCCAAUAAACCCUGAUUUCUCCCUAAUCCCACAUUUUGCUUACAGGGAAGAAUUCCAAGCAUCUCUCAGAAGCAUCUGAAAUCCUGUCCCAGCCAUCACGCCUGUCAUUACCUCCCUUUUACGGGCUGGUAAACAGAGGCACCAGCAGGUUGGGCAAAGGAGAAGCCAUUCCAAGCUCGGGGUGACUCCCAAAGACCCAUCAGCUCCCACUGCCAGCACAAGCUGCUCAUCUCAUGGUCUUGGGGUCCCCAACAUCUCGGUGAAUUCCCUCCUCUAAGGUUCUGGAGACACUGGGAUUUUAGGUCCAUGUUUCACUUGCUGGCCAUGCAAAGAGUAGAGGAGAUGGGUCCCACGUGUGGCAAAGCCCCAGGCACAGAGGGGCUGUGGGAGCAGUGGGACAGAGCUCGGGAGAGCUGCGGGAGAGGGGACACAAGUGGAGGAGCAGAGGGGCAGCAAGAGGCCCAGGGGACUGUGAGCUCCUCAGCUCCUGGCUGUGGGCAGGGUCCAGCCCGAGCCUCUGUGAGGGGCUUGGAUUGCUCAGCAUGGAGGGCUGUGCCAGGAGAUGUGGGCUCAGCAGCCGCAGAGAGCCAGGCUGCACGUGCCCAUGGUCCCGUGGGCACAGGCUGGCUGGGCACUGAGGGCUCACGUGCAGGGCUGGGCUGGGGCUCAGGGUGCUGUCCCUGGGCACUGCAAUGUCCCACAGGAUGCCCAGGAUUGUUCUGUGUAAGCAAAGGGAGAGAUUAGGGGCAAAUCAGGGUUUAUUGGGGCUUAAGUUGCCUAGUCUUUCAUGUGAUGAUGUGCCACGCUCUGUCCCUCCCAUGCCAAUGUCCCCGUGAGGGGAUGACCUAUAAUUGUCUCACAUCACGAAGCUUCUCCCAUGGAUUUCAUGAUUAUCUGGGGUUUUUGCCCCCACCCCUUGGACAACGCCCCAGGCACCCUGGGACAGGUAUAAAAGAGCUGAGCUCCUUGCAGACCUCUAUCCACAUCCCUCCACUUGACUCUCCUCAGCAACCAGAACUCCUUGUCUGUGUGACCAUGUCCUGUGGCAGCCUGUGUGUCCCCUCCUGUGGGGUGGCCACCCCGGCCCCUCUGGCUGACACGUGCAACGAGCCCUGCGUGCGGCAGUGCCCCGACUCCACGGUGGUGAUCCAGCCCCCGGCCUCAGUGGUCACCUUCCCCGGGCCCAUCCUCAGCUCCUUCCCCCAGCAGAGCGUGGUUGGCUCAGCAGGAGCCCCCGGCGUUGGAGGGGGCUACGGGGGCACUUUUGGAGGCCGUGGGGGCUACGGAGGCUACGGGGGCUAUGGGGGUUAUGGGGGUUAUGGUUAUGGGGGCUGGGGCUAUGGAGGCCUUGGGGGCUAUGGGGGUUAUGGGGGUUGGGGUUAUGGAGGCCUUGGGGGCUAUGGGGGCUGUGGAUAUGGGGGCUGGGGCUAUGGGGGCUAUGGGGGCUAUGGGGGCUGUGGCUAUGGGGGCUGGGGCCGUGGCUGGGGCCGUGGCAGCUGUGGCUCCUGCUAAACCCCAAACAUGCAGGGAGGGCAGUGCUGCCUCUGCCCUGGGGCUCCACAACCAGCCCCUCUUGGCUUCUCCCACCUGAGCCAGGACGAGGCUUCCAGCCCCUCUUUAGGCUGGAGCAGCAGGUCCCUGUUCUUUGCACAGGGUGACCCUGCAGACCCUCAGCUGGUGGCUUUGGGGUUUCCAGCACUGCCCCCAAAAGCUCCCCUCUCCCUGCCAUCCAACAAAGCUCUUCUGACCCUGGGAUGAGACUCUGCCCUGCUCUGCCCAGCUCGGAGACCCCCAGCCUGCAAGAGGAAGGGGGAAUCUUUGGGGUGGAGCCCUGGGUUGGGCCUUGCUGCUGCCUUAGGAUUUUUGUGUUUCCCAUCCCUUGUUCCUGGGCUGGUUUGUGUCUUGCUGCCACUGUCUGUUGCUUUUUCCAUCCACAUUAAAACUUCACUUUGCUGCAGUAACUUGGUUUUUGGUUGGUUUUUAUGAGUUUGCUCUUCUGA